AUGAUCAGGAAUUUGGAAAAGAAGGCUUCUAAAAACGCUGAACCAAAGCGUAGCACUAAGGAAGCUGUGAGACUGGCCACAAAAGGGGCCGACAAGGCUAGCAAAGCCGAGGCCAAAGAGGCCAAAAAGGCCAAAAAGGCCUACAAGGCCAAAGCUGCCAAAUAA